AUGCGCUUCGCAUAUCAAAAGGGUCACAAGGCUCAGACGUCGCGACUAGGCUUUUGCUGUGCCGCGAAAAAGCAAUUCCACAGUAUGUUGCGCCCCAUACCGGCGGUCGGCCUUGCAAGUGCGCUCAUCCAAACUAUCGACUUCUCCAUCAACGCAUUACGCAAAGACCAUCCCAUCUUCCAGCCUAGCUCACCUUCGACAACACCGCUCGUGGAAAAUGCAGCCUUCCUACAAGAUAUCAUACACAAUCUCUAUCGCCUGACCGACCUGAUUGACAAUUCUGAGCUCAAAGAGCUGUACGACGAAAAAUCAGCAAAGAGCGCAAAAGCAGCCAAGAAACUUAGCGAGGCAGCGCUGCAAUUGCUGAAGCAUGCUGAGCUAGUCAAGGAACUGACAGCUUCAUUCAUCGACGCGCUAAUCGCGGCGCAAGAGAAGGGAAAGUUUGGUGACCCGCGAUGGCCUACUGCGCGCGAAGCAUUAUUGAACGGCGUGUGGAAGAAGGCCAAUGUGACAGGUACAAAGAAGAAGUACCGUGCCCUUCGUCGCGACAUUGAGACGAGUUUACUGCUCGCUAUGCGCCAGUAUCUGGAUCAAUCCAUUGAGACUGGUCUCGCUCUGUUCAGCGGCGACGAAGGCGUGCACACGAAGCAUUGGGAAAAGUGGCAGAACCAAACCCUCGAUAUGAUCCACAGCAAUGAUUGGAAAAGCAGCAAGAAGAAGGAUGUAGAGGAGUUUUCCAAACAGGUUGAUGCGCUCAUCCAGGCGGAGAAGGAAGCAUACUUCCGCGCUACCAUCUUCGAGAGGCUGUGGUUCGAGGAGAUGGACGAAAGGAUGAAUAGCAUCGAUAGUUCCGUCGAUUUAGGGUUCGAGUGGGUGAUGGGAGACGGCUCGAGACAGGUUGGCGGUAAACCGGGCUCAGGGAAAACCACUCUGAUGAAAUAUCUCUUCCGCAAUCCACUCCUGUUCCCACAUCUCGAGGCGUGGUCUGGUCAGAAACCCGGCAUCACGUCUGGGUUCUUUCUUUGGAACAAUGGGACAGAGCUGCAGAAGAGUUCCAUUGGUCUACUGCGAGCCAUCAUCUACGAAAGCUUACAGGACAUGAUAUUUGGGCCCCUGGAAGAAGACGGGGUCAUUAUGCAGAACCUGUUCUCCGAUCGCUGGAAUGCAUUCCAAUCCUACGCUGGUGGCCUACACGAGUUCACUUUUCCGGAACUGAAAGCAGCGUUUGAGAGCUUGGUCGGCGAUGCGAACAAGAAGUUUCUCUUCAUGAUCGAUGGGCUGGAUGAGACGGAUGACUAUCCGAAGGAGUUGAUGGACCUCGUGUUUAGCACUUCGCGAAGAGACAACGUCAAGUUCCUGCUUUCAGCCCGGAGCUCACCAGUCUUCUAUUCAGCGUUUGAGAAUAAGCCUAGGAUGGUACUGGAGGAAUACACAAGAGAUGAUAUACAAACUUACCUGAUCAGAACGUUCGGCGAGGAACCAAAGUUGCAUUCGCUAAGAGGGAAGAUGGACGGCCAAGAGGAAGAACACAUCGUCGGGAUGCUCGCUGAAAAGAGCUCAGGAGUGUUCCUGUGGCUGAAACUCGCCACCACAUUUCUCUUCGAAAGUCUAGAGCCCGACUCUGAUUUUCUCGUCCUGAAAGAUCGUGCAGAGGGGCUUCCCUAUCUCCUGGACGAUCUGCUCGCCCACAUGCUCAGCAAAAUGGCUCCAGAGGACGUCGAAGCAGUUGGAAAAUUGCACGCCCUCCUCUCACAUCAAGACAUAUGCCCGGCCAUCCUUCCUUUCUCCUUUGCCUUCACAGCCGAGACGUCAGCAACACUAGCCGCAGAUGUACGGCCCUUGACAGCAGUCGAGAUAAGUAAGAGAGUCGAAGACAUGCAGACCCUCACUCAACAGCGGUGUAAAGGAAUGUUAACCAUCUUCGACACCACACCACCCGAUCAACACGCCAGUACCGAGAGCCUGAGGAUAAGCUAUACCCACCGCGCGAUAAGAGACUACUUCUUUGCAUAUCCCGGUCUACUCGAAACGAGCUUGAACAACGCGUCUGAACAAACCGACUGGAACGCACCCCAACAAUGGGCGAACGCUCAUCUCUGGGUCCUCAAAACCCUGUCCUCUUCCAUGCCCAAACGCACCAGCAGCAACACCAAUACCAACAGCUCCCGCGCUCCCCCACUCCAAGUCUGGACCCCACUAUCCAGUGCCCUGGAGAGCAGCCUCGAACUGCACACAGCCACAAACAAGUUCCCACUAACCUACAUCCACGCCGCGUUGACAACCGGCGUCUUCCUUGCCCUAAGAAGCGAAACCGGCCAUGAUCUGCCCCAGUAUCCCUCGUCUACCGCAUCAAGCUCCACCUCGACAUCGACCUCUACUGCCUCCUCCGCCUCAGCAUCCACCACUCCAACAACCCUGACAACGCCUCUCGACCUGGCCGUCCUCCUCAACCUAACCGCCUACAUCGCACUCAAAGCCAAGGCCACAGACCGCCGAGAAGUCCGACACGCGCUCGAUUACAGUCGCGGAAUGAGAAAACGGAUGGGUGCUGGCGGGGAGCAGGUGUGGUUAUUUGGCGAGGGGAGGGAGAGAUUGAGGAAGGAGUUUGAGAGGGGGAGACAAGAAGGGGAAGCGUUGUUGGAGUAUUAUGCCAAAGCAGUGAGGUUUGGAGUUAGUAAGCCGGAGGUUGAGGUGCCGGAGUGGGUGUGA